AUGUUGCAGGAGACGAUUGUUUUCAUGGCUGCCGCUACGGUUCCCGCAACUCCAGGGUUGGUCCAGUGGCGGUUCCAGCGACACCUGUUUCCGGCCCUGUCCAGACUUCACCUGCCUCACUCCAGCUGGUUCAAGAAUAUUGCUGUUGACUGCUCCUUAUCGCUCCGAUGUGGCCAGGCAACCUCUGGUAUCCUGAACUCAUACAUUUUGCGGAUCCAGAUUCUCUACCACUACCUGAUUGGGGUCUUGUCCAAAGCGCCUUACGAGCCCAUAGCCAAGGCGUCUGCGAGAGUGUCAGAGAUCCCUGCUCCGGAGAUAGACAUGUUUAAUAUAAUUCAAUUCUGUUCCACACUUUUAAAACUGUUAGCUGUUUCUGUGCCGCGUCAGGCCCCUGGCUAUCCAGAGACGGGACCCAGGAAUGACAUGCUUGAAACCUUCGUUGUAACGACGACAGACACAUCAAAGAUAGAGGGUAAAAAGUGUUACGCAGUCUGUGACCCUCAUAUGAGAACACUGAAUGGCAGAUGGUACGAACACCAGUAUGAAGGAAUUUUCACACUGUAUGCCAACGUGGAGCUUGAAGCUGAGGUGCAAGUGGAGACCGCACCUUGUAACGGUGGCCGUGCAUUCUGUGUAUGUGGUCUUGUAGUCAGAGCUGGCAGGACUGUGUUCGCUAUUGGACUGUGUCGUAGGCAGCGAAAUAUAGAUUUCCUGUUUUGUGAUGAUGAAGACGAUGUUUUGGAUGUCAGGAGAAGAUCUGAAACACAAUACGAGAUACUAUUUCCAUCUGGCACGAUUGUAAAAGCGGAUUUAUUGUAUGUUUAUGGAAGCUAUUUUAUGAAUGUCUACGUUGUUCCUUCGGUCCACGAUGUUGACAAGAGUAGAGGACUUUGUGGCAAACUUUCCGACACACAGACAGAUGACUUUGUAAAGAGAGAUGGGACACAGUCUGGUCCAGGUAGAGAAUUCUCGGAAUCGUGGAGGGUUACAGAAAACAACCUUUUUGACAGGCGCACCCAUGAUGGCUUAAAACCUUGGGAUUUAUCACAGAGUUAUUGCAGCUGUCCGGCCUGUGAAAAUCCUCCUUGUGGUAAAAUAAAAUGUGGACCGAUGCAGGAGGUAAAAUCAUGCCAAAAAAACAAACCACAUGAGAUAAAUAAAGUUACACCCAACAAGGGAAGAUGCCCCAUCCAUGCCAGAAGAAAAAAGCGCUCGGUGGAUGGACCAGAUCCAAACUCUCACCGGAUGAUGUCAAUACAUAAACGGGAUACACAGGACUGGUUUAAUGGCUGGACAAAGGAAAAUGCAACAAAGUUCUGUGAAAACCAUUUUGACGCGUCACUUUCUGCAAAGAUGUGUCGAGACAUUCCGACAGUAAAUAUAACCAAGAACAUUGAAGACUGUGUCUUUGACAUUUGGGCAUCCGGCAGCACAGAAUUCUUUGAUGCUGCAUUGGACAACAUGCUGACUGGCUGUAUGCAGGAAGUGGUGAUGAACAGUUCAUUCCACGAGGCAACCAUGGGAGGACAAUCAGUGAUAGACAAAGUCUUCAAUGUCGCGUGUCCAAACGGCUGUCGUAGGAAAGGAGACUGUGUCGAUGGUGUAUGUAGAUGCCAUACAAACUACACAGGCUCUGACUGUUCCAUUGACAGCAAUUCUCCUCCAUUAUUAACGGAGGUUGACUUCGAAGGUCUGUGUGACGUCAACGACAACUUGUGCACGGCUGUGUCUGUUUUUGGAGGCACGUUCGUCGACAGUUCCAGCACCACCUGCAAGUUUAGAGACAUUGAUGAGAAUGGAAAUAUUGUGGACAGUUUUGAUGAGCGUGUUCUUGCUGCACAAUUUGAAAGCCUGUUCGAAGUUGCCUGUCCCAUACCAGUGCACAGAUCAAAGCGGUCGGCGCUGGAAGCUACAGCUGAAGAGAAACCCCGCGCUUACUAUGUGUCGGUGUCCAACAACGGGGUCACAUACAGUGAGGAGAAGGUUGUCGUCAUCUACAACUCAACCUGCCAGACGUGUACCCUCUCUGGCACAUCUGUCAGUUGUGUCAUUUCGGAGGAUUAUUGCACGCUAGGUACUAUGUGCAUCCCAAAGGGUGGCAGCUAUCCAUACGAGGCUUGUCUGGUGUGUGACAUUAACGGGAAGACAAAAACUUGGCAGGAUGAUCCUACCUGCAGAAGCUGUAUGAACACUUCACUUACGUGGGUCUUGCUAAUGUUUCCAGCGUUCAUCAUGCAGUGCAUUUUUUGAAAUGUCGUUCUUAGUUUUCAUCCAGAUCGUUAAAGGAAAAUCAGCAAUGGAUUGAUGUGUGCGGAAAUCGGACAGCAUUGCAACAUGUUGACAACAUUGGAUUACAUCUGUGACUUAAAACUAAAGUCAUUGUGUUUGGUUUAAUUGAGACUUCUCUCUUUAUACAAGUUCAGGUGUGUGUGCAGGAAUUGUA